UGGAUACACACACACAAAAGUUGAGUUACCGAGUUUGGGGAACAACACAGACCACUCACUCACUCACCAAAAAAAAAUAUCUCGAUGAAUUGUGUGGCCUGAAGAGAAGAAAUCCAUGACGGGAUACUUUUUAAAGUUUUCCGGGGAGGGAAUUUCUUUGGGAUUUUAAUUUCAAAUAAGAAACCCGCCUGCUGUGGACCUGGGUGAAAAUGCAGAAGAAAUAUCGCACGCUGUGGAUAAGCUGUGUUGUGUCGGUCUUGCUGGUUCAUUCCAGCUAUGCCCGUGGAAGACAAGGCUACUUGAUAGCAGCCCCCUCUGUGUUCCGUGCCGGGGUGGAGGAAGCUGUCAGCGUGACCAUUUUCAACCCCGUCAAGGAGACCACCGUGCAGGUCCAGCUCGCAGUCAAGGGGGAGACGGUGGCACACAGCCACGGCACGGUGCUGGAGAAAGGAACAAUCAAGUUAAAGGUUCCCUCCGGCCUGCGCGGGCAGGCUCACCUGAAGGUGUGGGGGAAUCAGUACCUGGCUGAUGAGGGCUACAUCUUCCACAACUACACCACCGUGACCGUCGACGCCAAGGGCUCCUCUGUCUUCAUCCAGACUGACAAGCCCGUCUACAAACCAACGCAGAAAGUGCUGAUCAAUGUGUUUUCAGUCACACCUGACCUGAGGCCUGCCAAUGAGAAGAUUGAAGCCUACAUCGUGGACCCAAGGGGGUCUAGGAUUAUCCAGUGGUCUGACCUGAAGCCAAUCUGCUGUGGGAUUGUGAACAUGAGCUUCCCUCUGUCAGACCAGCCAGUUCUGGGGGAGUGGCUGGUCUUCGUUGACAUGCAGGGCCACACCUACAACAAGUCCUUCGAGGUGCAGAAGUAUGUCCUGCCAAAGUUCGAACUGAUCAUCGAGCCUCCCAGGUACAUCCGUGACCUGGCCUUGUGCGAGAAGGGAACCGUGCACGCCAGGUACACGUUCGGGAAGCCCGUGAAGGGAAAGCUCACCGUCAACAUGACUGUGAACGGAGUGGGCUACUACCAGCACGAAGUGGGGCAGCCAGUGGUGAAGACCAUGGAUAUUGACGGCUCUGCAACCUUCAAUCUGUGCGUAAAGGACAUGAUGCCGGCAGACGUGGCAGAGCACUUCCGUGGUGCAGUGAACAUCUGGGCAGCGGUGAGCAGCGUGGACGGCAGCCAGCAGGUCAUGUUCGACGACUCCACGCCCAUCCACAAGCAGCUCAUUGAUAUAAAGUACUCCAAGGACACCAGGAAGCAGUUCAAACCAGGCCUUCCGUACAGAGGCAAGGUGGAGGUGACGUACCCUGACGGCAGCCCCGCGGACGGAGUGACCGUUCGGAUCAAGGCCGAGCUGACCCCGAAGGACAACGUGUACACCAGCGAGCUGCGCUCCCACGGGGGGCUGGUGGAGUUCGAGAUCCCCUCCAUCCCUACUGCUGCCCAGUAUGUGUGGCUGGAGACCAAAGUGACGGCGAUCGACGGCAGGCCGGCAGGAGAACAGUACCUUCCCAACUACCUGUCCAUCAGCAGCUGGUACUCUCCCAGCAAGUGCCAUGUCCAGCUGCAGGGCCCCAGCGCUCCUCUGCAGGUGGGCGUGGAGGCUCAGGUGUCCUUGAAGUCCACGUGCCCGUGUGAUUUUACUCUGCACUACGAGCUCGCCUCCCGGGGCAACAUCGUGCAGUCUGGCUACCAGCCCUCUAACGUCACCCUGCAGAGGAGCAAGCGAGCCACCGUCACCUUCGACAAGAACGUCCGCACCAGCGCCCCCGCAGGACCUGGUGCUCCCAAGCCCCCAUCGCCAGCGGAGACAGACGUCUGCGUGACGAUCCUGCACUUCCCCGUGACCUACAACAUGGCUCCACUCAGCCGCCUGCUGGUCUACUACGUGAGGGAGAACGGGGAAGGGGUGACUGACAGCAUCCAGCUCUCAGUGCAGACUGCUUACGAGAACCAGGUGUCUGUGUCCCUGUCCUCUAACGAGUCCAUGCCUGGGGACGUGGUUAACAUGCGGGUCAGAGCGGAGAGGGGUUCCUGUGUGUGCUUGGCUGCCGUCGAUAAGAGCCUGUAUCUGCUGAAGCCAGGCUUCCAGCUCACUACCGACAAGAUUUUUCAGGACCUGGCGGACUUCGACAUUUCGGACGCCUUCGGGAUACCCAAGGACGAUGGUCACUUCUGGUGGCCGGGGCUGUCGUCACGCCGACGGAGGCGUUCCUCGGUUUUCCCCUGGCACUGGGAUAUCACCAAGGAUGCCCGCUUCGCCUUCACUGAGACGGGCCUGGUGGUGAUGACCGACACGGUGAGUCUGAAUCACCGGCAGAAUGGGGGCAUGUACACGAACGAGGCCGUGCCCGCCUUCCAGCCACACACCGGGACCCUGGUGGGGGCCAUGCACUCCCGCGCCAUGCCAAGGGCUGAGAAACGGAGAAGAACCUUCUUCCCAGAGACCUGGAUUUGGCAGUGUCUCAACGUCAGUGACAUCACCGGAGAGGGCGAGCUGCGGCUAGAGGUUCCGGACUCUAUAACCACCUGGAUCACGGAGGCUGUCGGCUUGUCUGAUGGGAAGGGGCUGGGCCUGGCUGCGCAGACGGAGCUGCGGGCAUUCAAACCGUUCUUCGUGGACUUCGCCAUGCCCUACAGCGUGAUCCGCGGGGAGCAGAGCAAGAUCAUGCUGACUGUGUACAACUACCUGCCAGUGUGCGCGGAGGUCCAUGUCAAGAUCUCUGUUCCCAAAGGGAUCAAGUUCGUGGGUCACCCUGGCAGGCACCACCUGACCCGGAAGAAGUGCGUGCCUCCCGGAGAAGCCCGUCCCACCUCCAUCGUCCUGUCCUUCAGUGAGCUGGGACUGGCCAACAUCACAGCAUGGGCGUUUGCCUACAGUGAGGUGGGCUGCUGUGACGAGGGGGCGAAGUCUCCCCUUAAGAAUGGGAAGCACCUGGAGGACAGCGAGCUGGACAGAAGGACCGCGGUGGGCAUGGACUCCGUGCGGCGGAGCGUCCUGGUGCAGCCGGAAGGUCUGCCGAGAGACUAUAUCUACAGUGUGUUCUUCUGUCCUAAUGAGAAAAUCCACAUCUCCACUCCCAACAAGUACGAGUACCAGUAUGUGAAGAAGCCGGCGCGAAUGACACACUUCGACGUGGCAGUGAAGGCUCACAACGAUGCGCACCUGGCGCUGUCCUCGGGGCCGCACGACACGGCCGGGAUGGUGGAGAUCGUGAUCGGGGGCCACCAGAACUCCCGCACCUGGGUGUCGGCCAGCAAGAUGGGUGAGCCGCUCGCCAGCGCUGGCACUGAGGGCAUCCUGUCCUGGGACGAAUUCCGCAACUUCUGGGUCAGCUGGAGGAACGGCGUGGUGCAGGUGGGUCACGGGGCGCACCCCUCUAACGAGUCUGUCAUCGCGGAGUGGGCAGGGCUGAAGCUGCCACAGGUGAAGUACGUGGGCUUCUCAACGGGCUGGGGGUCCGUGGGCGAGUUCAAGAUCUGGAGGAAGGAGGACUCGGAUGAGAACCACAACGAGGCGUUCACUCUGGGGGUCCCGCACAACGUGGUCCCAGGCAGCGAGCGAGCCUCCGCCUCCAUGAUAGGCGAUGUCAUGGGCCCCACCCUAAAUAACCUGGACAGUUUGCUGCGGCUGCCCUUUGGCUGCGGGGAGCAGAACAUGAUCCACUUCGCUCCCAACGUCUUUGUGCUGAAGUACCUGCAGAAAACCAAGCAGCUCAACCCGGAGGUGGAGAGGGAGGCCACAGACUACCUGGUGCAAGGAUACCAGAGACAGCUGACCUAUAAGAGGCAGGACGGCUCAUACAGCGCCUUUGGAGAGAGAGACUCAUCUGGCAGCAUGUGGCUGACUGCGUUCGUCCUCAAGUCCUUCGCUCAGUCCCGCGGCUUCAUCUUUAUCGACCCCAAGGAGCUGAGCGUGGCCAAGGACUGGAUCAUCCAGCAACAGAAAGAGGACGGCUCCUUCCCUGCCGUGGGGCGCAUCCUCAACAAGGACAUCCAGGGAGGGAUCCACGGGAAGAUCUCGCUGACAGCCUAUGUGGUGGCAGCGCUUCUGGAAACCGGGAUAACAUCCGAGGAAGAGAAGACUGCGGUCGCCAAGGCCAAGCACUUCCUGGAAACGAACAUGUACUCCGCUGAUGACCCGUACACCAUGGCGCUGACGGCCUACGCCCUGACGAUCCUCCGCAGCAGCUAUGCGCCCGUGGUGCUACGCAAGCUCAACAACAUGGCCAUCACGCAGGAUGGUUUUACUCACUGGAGCCUGACUGGAACCACAGUGACUGAUGAGGACACCUUCAUGGGCUUCAACGACGGCCUCUCGCAGUCAGUCGUGUCAGCGGAGGUGGAGAUGACUGCCUAUGCCCUGCUGACCUAUACCCUCCUGGGGGAUGUGGCCACAGCCCUGCCCGUGGUCAAGUGGCUUUCGCAGAAGAGGAACGCCCUGGGGGGCUUUUCAUCCACACAGGACACAUGCGUGGCGCUGCAUGCCCUGUCCGAGUAUGCCAUCCUGUCCUUCGUGGGUGGGGUCAACCUCACCAUCUCACUGGCCUCCACGAACCUGGACUUCCAGGAGACCUUUGAGCUCAACAGGGCCAACAAGAAGAUCCUGCAGACUGCCCUGAUCCCCAGUAUUCCUACGGGACUGUUUGUCAGCGCCAAGGGGGAAGGGUGCUGUCUGAUGCAGAUCGACGUGUCAUACAACGUUCCUGAUCCCGUGGCCAAGCCAGCGUUCCAGCUCACUGUGACCCUGAAGGAGCCCAAACCGGGGCGACACCACCCCCAGCAGCAACGCCCCCCCGCUGCACGCCCCAAAUCCCGCGCCGAUAACCGCUCGGAGCUGAGCCGCCAGCGUCGGGCUGCCACGGACGAUGAAGACCCCUCUGCGGACCAGGACCGCCAAGAGUACCAGGUCAGCCUGGAGGCCUGUGCCAGGUGGCUGCACGCUGGGUCCUCCAACAUGGCUGUGCUCGAGGUGCCACUGCUGUCCGGUUUCAGAGCAGGCUUGGAGAGCCUGGAGAAGCUUCUCCUGGACAAGAAGAUCGGACUGAAGAGAUACGAGGUGGACGGCAGGAAGGUUCUGUUUUACUUUGACGAGAUCCCCAGCCAGUGCAGGACCUGUGUAAAGUUCCAAGCGUAUCGGGAGUACAUUGUUGGGAAAACCGCUCCUGUGCCCGUCAAGGUGUACGACUACUAUGAACCAGCAUUUGAGGCCACGCGCUUCUACAACGUGAGCGAGCACAGCCCGCUGGCGAGGGAGCUGUGCGAUGGGACCACGUGUAACGAGGUGGAGAGUUCAGCCAACCAGUGGAUCGGCUUCGCGCAGUCCAGCCAGUGUAACAACGUCUUCGGCUGCCUGGAGGAGGAACACUUCGAGCAGUGCACCUGCUACCGGGACUGCGGCUACGAUGGCGAGCCCGUCUGCGCCUCUGACGCUGUCGUCUACCAGAACCAGUGCCAGAUGGAGGUGGCAGCCUGUCGCAACAGCACCCGCAUCAAGCAAGUGCCCAUGUCCCACUGCCCCUCACUGGAGAAUCUGCCUGAAGAAAAGGAGCUGGCAGUCGAAGAGUUACAGAACCUCCCUCCAGUGCAGCCAGGAGAGGAGGAGCCCGAGCCCCAGGCGGAGGUCUCGUAUUACUCUUACGAGUACGACAGCGACCCCUACGUGUCGGAGGGGGAAGAUGACGCCGUCGAUCUGGGGGGCGAGGUGGCGAGGGAGUCAGACAGGACGCAGGAGGGCGAGUUGCACUUGCUGGAGAUGGAGGACACCGCCACACAGUGAAUAUCCCCUUGGAAUUAACAUGAAAAAAGAAGGUGAAUACAUUGUACAUUGUUUGUUAAUACAUUGAACUGACUCGACUGAAAUAAAGAAGAGGACCAUUGCUGUGAACCAGAGAGCAAGCGAGCAAGUAGCUGA